AUGUGUCUCUUGAAGAUUCCUUUAUAUGCAAAUAAGGUGUCAUCUAACCGAGCUGAUUCUGAUGAAGUUGAUAGUAAUGAGCAAGCCUUCAUUCACAGAGCAGCAUCUAGUGGUAGAAAGCUCGUGUCUGAGGGCUGGAGAGGAGAGGCUAAAGAAGCCUUCUUCCAAAUGAUGUUAGAGUGGUUUACAGAGUUUGUGAGAACAAAUCCUAUGGCUCAACAACCUCCACCCUCACCCAUACCCCAACUGGUCCCCGUAGUUCCUCAGGGUUUGGAACUAGUGCGACUAAGCAAGCCUCCAGUUGAUAAAAUUCGAAAGUAUGGGGUUGAAGCGUUUUGUAAUACAAUUGAAGACAAUCUAGAGAGAGUCGAGUUCUGGUUAGAAAAUACAAUUAGUGUUUUCGAUGAAUUGUCCUAUACAUCGAUUGAUAUCUUGAAAUAUGCUGUUUCUCUAUUGAAAGACUCAGCUGAUCAAUGGUGGAACACAUUGAUCGAGGUAGUACCGAGGGAUCGAGUAAACUGGGAAUUCUUUCAGACAAAGUUUAGAAAGAAAUAUGUGAGUAAAAGGUUUCUAGAUAAGAAACACAAAGAGCUUCUUGAAUUGAAGCAAGGCCGUAUGUCAGUAGCUGAGUACAAAAGGGAAUUUGUACGACUCAGUAAGUAUGCCCAGGAAUGCGUACCAACAGAGGUUGCUAUGUGCACUCUAUUUGAAGAUGACCUAAAUGAGGAUAUCAAGUUAUUAGUUAGGAUUCUUGAGUUAAAAGAAUUUUUGGUUUUAGUUGAUAGAGCACAUAAGGUUGAAGAACUCAGCAAAGUAAAAAGAAAAACCGAUUCGGAGACUCAUGAUAUAGCAACACGACUUAUGGGAAAAUCAUUCUUAUCUCCAUUUAAGAAAUUAAAAGAAUAUCAUAGUCGUUCAUCAGCCUUGACAAGUCGUGUUUUAAAUGUGGUUCCUAUGAUCAUUAUCUCAGAGAUUGUCCUGAAAGGUCAGAUAAAGAAAAGGUUUAGAACACUUGUUCGAGUAACAGGAUUUCGAGAGGGAGACCACCCUGGAACACUGGAAAUACGGGUUUCAAAACUAAAGUUUGAAUCAGUUCUGAUUGUAUGUGAGUUCACAAAUGUAUUUCCAGAAGAAUUACCAGGUUUACCGCCGAUUAGAGAGGUUGAGUUUACUAUUGGAUUGUUGUCGGGAACAUCUCUGAUAUUGAUAGCUCUGUAUAUAAUGACACCUAUAGAAUUGAAAGAGUUGAAAGCACAGUUGCAAGAGUUGACAGAUAUGGGCUUUGCUCGAUGUAAACUGAAAAAUAUAUAG